CGUUCGUUGUCAUCGGCGAUUCAGCUGUCUGCUUGGAUUUUGAGUUGAUGUCUUCUAUCAAAACUGUUGAAAUCUUGGUUUGAGGUUAACUGUGAAAGCUGUAGUUUAAUAAUUCCUUAAACCUACUAGAAAUAAUGUUGUGAGGUGGUUUUAGAUUACAAGUUAAAGUUAAUUGUUAAAGAAAAUCACAGCUCCAAGAUGGUGUUAAUGACUAUGAUAGCUCGCAUACACGAUGGCCUGCCUUUAGCAGCGACUAUGCAAGAUGAUGAACAGUCUGGACGCAGUAUUCUUGAGUAUCAGAACCAAGCCAAACUUCUAUUCAGGAAGUUAAGCGCACAAAGCCCUCCACAGUGUACCAUAGAAACAGGACCUUAUUAUUUCCACUAUCUGAUUGAACGAGAUGUCUGCUACCUCGUGCUGUGUGAACGCAACUAUUCCAAACGUCUGGCUUUCUCAUACCUCGAGGAUAUUGCACAGGAGUUUUAUUCCCAGUAUGGAAAAAGAGUCAGUACAGUGUCCAGGCCAUACACAUUUAUUGAGUUUGACACAUACAUCCAAAAAGCCAAGAAGGUAUUCACCGACUCGCGAGUGCGAAGAAAUCUCAACUCUCUGAACACUGAGCUGCAAGAUGUACAGAGAAUAAUGGUGCAAAACAUUGAUGAUGUUUUACAGAGAGGAACUGUUUUAUCAGAGCUGGACACCAAAGCACAAAAUCUCUCAAUACUUUCACAGAAGUACAAGAAGGAUGCGACGUAUCUCAACAUGAAGUCCAUGUACAUGAAGGCAGCUGCGGGCGCCGUCGUCGUCUUUGUUUUCAUCAUGUACUUCUGGAUCCUUUGAAUCACGGAUCUAGCUACAUAUAAGCUAAUACCUACAGAUCAUAAUCACAAUUCCCUUAUACUCCUGUGGAGUAACUUUUACAUUUAUUUCAAUUCAUAUUUUUACUUACUGUAUUGUGUUGUCUGUCAAGAUCAAGAUGUAUUUUAUUAAUUUAUUAAUACAUAUUCUGCUUAUUUAUACAUUUUUCUUUCCAUAGCUUAAGUUUUUUGGGUGUUGAAGCCCAGUUAGGACUAAUGUAAAUGUUGAAGUUGUUAUGUAUAUAUUGUGCUGUUUGUAUUAAACGGGAUGAGUAUUUUC